UUCUCAUUUAACAAAAGAUCAAUUUCUAGAAACAAACAAAACAUUCACAAAUUGACGAGUGUCCACCCAAGUUACUGUCCGUGUUAGAGUUUGUUAUCGUUAAAAUGUGUACGUAAUGGAUCAGUUCCUGAAAAAACGUGAUGAAAAAUCAACCGAUCCUUGUCAAUACAAGGAAAAAUGCGUUCGCAAGAAUGCACAUCAUUUCAUUGAAUAUGCACACGAACACUUGGAGAAUAUAAUCAAGGAAAACUUUUCUCGCAACAAGAACGAGAUCGAGAACUACGACAUUCCAGAGGAGUUGAUGACAAACAAAACCGUAUAUUUGGAUCAAAUCAAAAUCAUCAAUGAUGAAUUUUCAAAACCGUCACCUGAACUCAGUGCAAAACGUAUUAAAAUUGAAGUGCAAAACGACACACAGCCAGAUGUCAAACCAAUUAUAUCGCCUGAGCAAAUACAAAACGCACAACGUUCUGCUGCACGUCAAACAUCGUCAAAUGUAUUGACCAAAUUGAACGCAGCAAAGCCGUACAAUUAUUUCUUGACAACAAUCGAAUCAUCAGUACGAACACAUACUGACCCAUUGAGCAUCACAUUCCAAGAACUAUUGGAUCCAUCUUUGGGAGAAAUUGAAUGUUCAGUGCAAAUUAAUUAUCUAGUUGAAUUGGAUUGGUUACUGGAUCAAUAUAGACAAGCAAAUUGUUUGAAUGCACCGGUACUCAUUUUGCACGGUGACAAAGAAAUUCCGACAAAAUUAUCACAAGUAACUACGCAUUUUGUUGACCUUGAACAAGGAACGCAUCAUACAAAAAUCAUGUUGUUCGGAUACAAAGACGGUUCAAUGCGUGUCAUUGUGUCGACAGCUAAUUUGCGUGCAGUAGAUUGGCGAAAUUACACCCAAGGUAUGUGGAUAAGCGAUCGAUUGCCGCCGUUAAAAUCAGAAAACAAAGCAUUUUUUGAUGAUGGUGAGAGUGCAACGGGAUUUCGCAAUGAUUUGAUCAUAUAUUUGGAGGCAUACGAUUUGACGCAUUUGGAUCCAUUUAUCGAACGUAUUCGCAACACGGAUUUUUCUUCAGUGAACGUUUGUUUGGUGACAUCAAUACCUGGCUCAUUCGAUGACUGGACAAAUGAUUAUGCACAUGGUUAUUGCCGCGUUGAAUGGCUUUUAUCACAACAUUGUGAACCAAUCAAGAAUACAACACCGCUUGUGGUACAAUGCUCAACUUUUGGAAACCUUGCUAAUCGUAAGGAUGAACGGGGUUGGCUGAAUGAGUUUCGAAAUAGUUUUCGUCAAUCAAAUCCUACCGGUAAACUACCACCGGUUCAAAUAAUUUAUCCAACGUUUGAUAACGUUGAGGGAUCAUAUGAUGGAUUAGUCGGCGGUGGUUGCUUGCGGUACAAUAAGACACGGCACAACAAUCAACGAUGGGUGAAGAAAAUGAUGUAUCAAUGGCGUGCCGAUGCACGUCAUCGCACACGUGCCAUGCCGCAUUUGAAAACUUACUGUCAGUGCUCGGACAAUAAGAUGUUUUGGUUCAUUUUGACAUCGGCCAAUUUAUCGAAAUCAGCUUGGGGAUGGAAAAAAUGGAAGCAAAAUGAGGUUCAGGUGGGCAACUACGAAGCAGGAGUAAUGUUUUUACCGAAAUUCGUAACACACACAAAACACUUCUCAAUGGAUGCAUCUGACCAAACGACACCGGUAUUUCCAAAAUUAUACGACAUUCCGCUGACCAAAUACAAUAAAAAUGAUCGUCCUUAUCAUCAAGAUGAAGCGCUACCAAACGACUGUGUCACUACUUAGUUUCGACGUAUGAACCAUUUUCUUUUUGAUUAUUUUUUUUAGUUGACAUUUAAUUUGAAGUCUAAGGACAAAAGUCGACAAUCACUCAUAUCAAAGUAAGAAAACAUUUAAGAAAACUAAAGUACCUAUAAAUAUGUUUCGGAAUUGAUGGUUCAAUAAGCUAUACAUUGUUUAAUUAGUUAGUAAGGCAUUCGUUAAUUUUUUACGACAGAAUAAGUAAUGGAUACUUAUAAUUUAAAAUACAAUAAUAAUAAACUUUAUUAUUGCAAUAAACUUAUUGCUCGG